AACGCUUACCAGCUUUUGAACACGAAGAAACGUUAUCUCAGCUUAAGAAAAAUGUGGCUGAACACCUUCUUCCAAACGAUCAUAUUCUACAAAUUUGUGGAAUCAAAUGGAUCGAUCGAAAGAACUGCUUUACAACGCACUUCACUGUUUCUCUUAGACAUGGAGAACACCAAGCUGGACAAUGGCCUGGUUUCUAAAAGAGAAUCGCCUUCACUGUUGUCCUGUACACAAUGUUGCAUUAAAAUCAACAGCUGUAAAAGCAUUAACUACAGAGCUUCCACGAUGGAAUGCGAAAUUUUGUCUGCGAAUGCUCUGGAAAGCGGUUCAGAUUUGCUUGAAAAUAAAGCUGGCUGGAAUCAUUACAAACCUCUCCAACCGGGGAGAUGUGAGGCAUACGACAGAGAGCAGUUGUGUGGUGCAGAACAAGUUUGUCAAGAAGAUUAUCAUUCACGUGCUGGAUACAAGUGCAAAAAUUUAGAAAACAUUGCACUUGGAAGAAUGGCCAGCCAGUCAAGUAACUAUCUAGACGGGGCCGCAAGCAGAGCUGUGGAUGGAAAUGACAACACCGACUUCAGAGAAGAUUCCUGUACCCAUACAUCAGUCACUGCUUUUAUUUGGUGGAAGGUUGAUUUCGGCCAAACUGCUGUUGUUCAUUCAGUAAAAAUUACAAACAGAGGUGAUUGCUGUGGGGAUCGUCUUUCAGACUUCAACAUUGUAGUUGGCAACAGUAGUGAAGGCAAUGGCGGCAGCAACACAGUGUGUGCAGCUAGUCAAAGUGUCCCACAAGGUGGCACAAAGCUGUUUCCAUGCCGUCCUAGGCUUCAUGGCAGAUAUUUGUAUAUACAACAAAACAAAGCAGUGGCAAUAUCACUAUGUGAAGUGAGGGUAUUUGGCGAAUUUCUUGAGUUGUAAACAUAAAAAGGUUUACGAAAUGUGUUUUGGACAAUUUUUGUUAGCACCAUCUAACAUAUACGUAGCUUCAUUCUUCCGUUUCUUACAGCAAAAGAGGAGGCUAUAUUCCUUAUUUUAAUGUAGCCAAUGACAAGUGGGAAAUGUAAAAUACUUAAUGUUGCUGAAUUUCGUUUGAUUUGGUGUACAAAUGUCUACCGUAUAGCUUAGGUGAAUGCUCUAAAUGGUUUGCUAAACUAAGCCUAUUAGGUAAUUUUUAAGUUAAAUAAAAAUAAGUCGUUUCUUGCACAGAAUAAUAACAGCUAAAAACAUUUUCAAUGUAAAAAGUUGGCAAAGGAAAAACAACAAGAACUAUGAUUCGUUGGUUUUAUGUUGGCAAAAUCGAUUAUCGGCUCAGAUUAAUUAAUUUUCAAUUUUGAAUGGAAUGCCUCACCGUAUGCAAAAUUGGCAUUUGCAUUUAACAUGCUGAUCCGGACAACAAAUUGGAUCCACCUUAAGUGUGCAGUCCUAAAUUUGUUGGAUACAUAAAUGAACGAUAUUCAUGCUAGACUCGCCUGAAGUCUAUUUUGAACUUGAAAAAGGAGUUUAUACUUUCGCGUUUUCGCGAGCAGAUGAUAUGCGAAGAUAGAAAUGACGGAUCGUGAGUAGAGAAGUCUUGAGCAGUGCUAGAUUUACCAUAGUCCUGAGAAGUGCCCGUUCUAGGACAUGCCUAACCACAGGGAUCCAUUUGACAUGGGGACCGAUUGUUUCCAUAAAAAUGUUGAAAAAUACAUGAAAAUAUAUUCCAAUCGACCAUAAGCUUUUGCUCAUAUCAGUGACCUAAAUGGCUAGUCUACUAAAAGCUUCCAGAGAUAAUGUGUGUAACAUGAAAACGCGAGCGUGUGUAUAUGAACGUGUAGGCUCCAAAAAAUAGAAUUUUUAUUGAACUAAAUUGAAUGGUCACGGAAACGAGACUGACAAUAUAAUUUAGUUGAAUAGCAGAGAAAGGAGACGAUUCGAAGAGAGCGAAGUAGAAGAAAAGACGUGGGGAUUGUACGUCACGCAAAGUGACUGAAUUUACAUGUAAUCAUCGUUUGGUUUAAUUUGAAUGUUCACAGUGGAUUUAUUGUGUGGUUUCUGCCAACAGUGGCAAUAUAACUUGAACGCGCUUGAACACGCCAGCAGGCAACAAAUGCUCCAAGUUUUUACUAAUAGCAGCUGAAUAAUGCAAUAUGAGCCUGUCCCUUCACUGUAUCCCACUCUUUCUUCUACUUGCGUGAAUGUGUUCUGCUCUUUGCCUUUGUGAAUGCAUGGUUACUGCUUGCAUGUAUGGUUGGGUGAAAGCAUGUUGCUCGCUGGGUGUAACUCUUAGGUCGAAAGCGAGACAACAAAAUGGUCAUGAGGUUACCACUUUGGUUGGUCGAUCUGAAUGUUGAGAAUUGUGACUUUACUGGCUAUGGUUAAAAAGAGAGUGAUUUAUAAAAAGUCAUAAGAACUACAACAAGAACGAAAGUUUGAUCCAGCUUUGCUCCCUAGUAAUGAGUAAACGAUGAAAAGGUGGUGGAAAAAAGAAGAUAUCAAAAAGAAGAAAAGAGAUAUCCUAGCAUUCAAUAUAAAUCAAGACAUAUAGCUUUACAUAUCCGAAACAAAGGAUUUGGAUUUUAUAUGAUUUGGACGCAAUCCUUGGCAAUCGUGAGCAACUCCAAGUACCAGGCUCCUCAUAGUCAUCACCUGUAACCAAAGUAUCAGUGUAACCCAUCUACUUUUGCCACAGCGCAACCCAUCUACCUUUGUCAGUGACUCUAUGUACCAGGGAACUCAUAGGCACAGAGGUCCCCAGCCAACAAAUAUGAAACGGAGGUUUUGCAUGACUUUACUAGCAAGAAUUAUGUAGAUUUAUGGAUCACAUCAAAGUAUGAAAAAGUUUCAUGCUGGAUAGAGAAAGACCUCUUUGCAUAGAGACACUGGGGUGGAGAGUAACUACAAAUACCAAAUUAAUUUCUGUUUAAUAAAUUUGUCUUUGUCCAUAAAAAAUUGAUAAAUCUUAUCAACAGGAAUGGAUAGAAUGUUCUCAGACAUUAAGAUGCUCAAAAUGUUCUUGAAACUCCAUGCGAGUAUUAAAGAAUAAUCUUUGAUUAGUGUAAACCUUUUCAAAACAUAACAUGAAAGUUGCGCAUGCACAUUGUAAGGUAAUUGAUACAUUCAAUACUAAACAAGUCUAUUUACUUCAUUCGGAUGUCCACUUCCAAAGGAAAGUGGAGAUGACGGGUGUGAAACCUCCUUGAGAAAAAUCCGAUUCAAAAAUGUGAAGUAUAUGACAGUUGGGCGGGUUCUAUCUUGAGUAUGCCGGACAGUAACAUAAAUAGAAAAAUUCAUAGAGGGGGCCAAAAAUUUAGAUUUUCCGACAAUAUCUAAUGAGCAUUUUAAUUUUUGCAUGUAUUAGAUCAUGUCAAUAUUACAUUAAGACUGAAAUAGAACAUCAAAUCAAGUUAUAUCAUUCAAAGAUUACUAUGCAAAUCUUGAUCCUACCGAAACUGGAAACAGUAGAAAAUUUUGAAAGACUUUCAAACCAAUCUUCUCGAAAGGAAAGUAAAUACCAACGAAAAAAUUGUUUUGGUUGAGGAUGGUCGCAUCCUCCAUAAUGAUAAGAUGAUAGGGGAAUGUUUUAACUCGUACUUUGCGAAUAUUACUGGUACCCUAGAUCUAACCAAAGAAACAAUCAGUGCCCCUUGGGAAAUAAUUUACGAAGAACCAGUGCUACCAGCAAUAAAUAAGUACAAGAACUAUCCUAGUAUUUAAAUGAUCAAACGAAAUGUAGGCCAACUUGCUGAGGAGGAUAAAUUUGAAUUUUCUUGCAUCAACUCAACCUCGGUUUGGAAUGAAAUCAAUCAGCUUAAAAUUGCAAAAGAGGCCAGCGAUGAAGUACCGAUUGAUUCGCUUAAAAUGGUCUCAGAUCUUGGCUAUCAGGAAAUCACCCAUCAUAUGAACAGAUUAAUUGAAUACUUUGAAUUUCCGGACAAAUUGAAGGGGGCAGAUGUCUCCCCUAUCUUUAAAAAUGACAAUGGAACAAACAAAAAGAACUACAGGCCAAUCAGUGUACUUUCUACACUCUCAAAAGUGUUCGAGAGACAAGUCUCACAACAUAUGACUCCUUUUGCGAAGACAAAAAUCUCUAGGCUUCUAGGCUACUCUGUGGCUUCAGAGAGGGGGAAAGUACUCAACAUGCCCUUUUUAGAUUAAUUGACAAACGUCGCAUAUGCCUGGAUGAUGGAGGCGUUAUCGGUAUGGUACUGAUGGAUCUGUCAAAAGCUUGAGGCUUAUGGCUUUGGCAUGAACUGCCUCAGAUUUAUAUAUAGCUAUCUCUCUGGCAGAAAACAAAGGGUGAAGAUUGGAUUCACCUUCACCGACUGGCUCGAUAUCCUAUCAGGUGUACCCCAAGGUUCCGUCUUGGGUCUUUUACAUUUUACAUUUACGUCAAUGAUUUGAUUUAUUUCAUCCAAAACACAAAAAUUUGCAAUAUCGCAGAUGACAAUACCAUUUACUCUUGUGGUAGUGAUUUGGAUGGAAUUAUUAUUGACACAGAAGAAGAUCUAUGUCAAACUCUUAAAUGGCUCGAAUAAAACAGACUUAGCUGUUGUAAUAAAGGACCAUUUCUAUGCAUGACGUUAGAAUGAAUUAGCAUAAUUAACGACGAAGAGGAGGAGUUCGAGUGUUGGUGAUGGAGAGAGGUCGAAUGUUUGAGGAAGAUUAGAGAAUUGAGAAUUGAGAACACUCGAGGGUUGUUUUUUGCUUGUAUUCGUUUGUACUUGAGAUAUUUGCUUAUUAUAAACUUGUAUAUAAUCUUCGCUUGCUGUUUCCAGUUCAUGACGCUGUUUAUAGAGACUUGUUGCUUUUGAUGAAUCGCAUUCUCGGAGGUGAAUCGGAGGAAAUUGUAUUUUUUUCACGAUAUUUGAAGGAUUCAUAACAGUAGCUUAUCCAUCUAAGUUCCAGCCAGAUGAUGCUCCUUUGAACCAAACUUGAUAAAAAAAUUUUCAUUGAAAUAAAUUGAAAUACUAUAUACUCAUCAGACAGCGUUAAACUUCUAGGCGUCGCAAUCGAUGCUGGCCUUAAAUUUGUUCAACAUAUCAAAACCCUAUGUCAUAAGAUAAAUCAAAAUGUGAAAGCAUUUUCUAGGGCGGCUAACUCCCUAGAUAUAGGCAAGGCAAAAUUACUAAACAAUUCCUUUCUGCUAUCAAAUUUCAACUAUUGUCCUCUCAUUUGGAUUUUCUGUGGAAAGCAAUGUAAUAAGGAGAUAAAUCGAGUACAUAAACAUGCACUACGCGCGCUGUUUUUUAUUAUGAAUCCACCUUUGAAUGUCUACUCACAAAGAACAAUGAAAAAGCCAUCCACACCAAAAACUUACAGAAAUUAAUGACAGAGAUAUACUAAUCAUUAAAUCAUGAGAAUCCUUCUUUCAUGAGAGAGUUUUUAGUACAGAAUGAAUUGACUUAUAAUUUACGAAUAAAAAAUACGCUCCAACUUACACCUACCAAAAUGAUGUCAUUUGAGAUAAACUUAUUCAGUUCAUUGUAAAUCGAUUUCUACUCGAUUUAUCUCCUUAUUACAUUGCUUUCCACAGAAUCCUUCGUUCAUGCUAAAUUGUAAGUAAGUUCAGUUCAUAGUUCAGAAUUCAGUUACAUUCAAGCAACACACUGUCUCUCUCUCUGGUUCCGUGUUCUCUGCACGUAGAAUAAGACUCACUGGGUUUGGAAAUAACACGUUAGUCGAUGGAUGAAGGGAACGAAUCGCACACAACAAUGCUCAAUUCUUGUUUCAUUUCACUAAACGUAUGCACCAAUUGUAUUUCCGACCAGCUCAAAAAAUUUCCAACAAAAUAGCAGUUUUGUUUUUCAGGGGGGGGUGCAUUUACCCCUCUCUGCCCACCCCCUUAUCUAUGCCAUGAUGCUGGGUCUUUCCUUCAUGGCAAAUAGGACAUCACAUAUUAUGUAGACAGGGCGGCAUUUGCCCUAAAUCUGGACCUGGCUAUGAGCUCGGGGGAAAACUUAGCCAAGUUUGAACGAGGACGUGCUGUUUUGGUUUAAAAUUUUGACAGGUUUUUCCUCACUUGUCUUAAAAAAUUUGAACCAUAACUUUGUAAACAUGAUGAAAACUAUUCCUGAUAUUUCUUCAAUUUUUUCCAAGAAUGGUACCAAUAAUUAUGGACGUUUAUUUGUACCCUAAUUGGUAAACACAUUUCGAAAAACUUAUACCGAUUAUUAUUUCGCACUCUUUAAAAAUAAAGGUACCUUUAAAUAUUGGCACGUCCCCGGACUUCAAUCUCAAACCACCUCAGCCCCGGGGAGGAGAGAUACGUGCCCUUUUCGUCACUUUAGGGUUGCCAGGUGAUCUGGGUGCUGAGUAGCCAAACUGUUUAUGAAAAGAUGCCAAAUCACGUCAAAAUAGGCCAAAUUUACCCAAAACAUAAUGCCAUCAAAAUACGCAGGCGCAGUAGAAAACAAGCAAAGUUUGCAGUAUAUCCGUUGCCCUUUCCAUCAGCAGACUCUGUAAGCCAAACAUAUCGCGCUUCCUAAGACUUCUUUUACAUCUUUGUAUUGUAAUAUCUACCUUGCCACUUGGUCGCCAUAGAUUAGAAUCUCGUGAAAAAUAAAGGAUCAUUCACUAUUUAUUGUAACUUAUUACAAAUGCGUACACCAAACUCAGCUAUUAUGCGAGUUAUUGAUUACUGAUAAAUUGCUAAUUCUAUUUCAAAACGGCUUUGAAGAAAGUAAACAUUUUGAGUCAUACUAAAGCUUCUCGUCUGACAAUCUUCAGAGUAUAAAGCGAUAGAACAUAGAUCGAAAACGUUUUAAGUUUUGCACCACCAAAAGAUUGUUUGCAAAUUCUAUUUCAA